AUGUAUAUUGCAGCUGAGUUACGAUGGCUACUGCUAAGAGCGCCUAGUAAACAAGACAUGAAUCACGGUGGAGUGAAGAAUGUCGUCACGGAGCCGACGCGCCUCGAGAACAAGCGGGAACGUCGUCGAGGGGCUGCGGGCCGAGCAGCGGCGCUCCGCAGGGCUCCUUCCGACUCGGAUUGCUCCGGCGAGACGGCGUCGCUCUCCGCAGACAGCGGGGACCGAGCGCCCCGACCGCUGCCACAGCUGCCAAGCAGGGGCAAGACUAGAAGUCGGCGCCGAGGUAGUGAAUGGGAAGUUCUGGAAGGACUCAAAGAUGGUCAGAGGUUUGAGAAGCGGCCGGACGUCUUCAACGGGUACCUUCAUAAGAAAAGAAAAUGGCCUCUAAAGGGGUGGCAUAAGCGAUUUUUCGUAGUAGACGGUGGUAUAUUAGUGUACGCGCGCUCGCCGACAGAUGUCGCCCGCGGUCGCCUCCACGGCUCCGUGGACGUCGGACUCUCCGUCAUAUCAGCCAAGGCGAGGCGCCGGCGCAUCGACAUUGACGCUGAUGAGUUCAUAUACCACCUGCGAGCAAAGACCCCGGAGGUGUUCAGAACUUGGCUCAAUGUUUUGAAGACGCAUCGGUUGUACCGACAACAUCUUCUGACCUUCGGUGCGCGGGAGUCGGUUCCGAAGAUCCACGCGCCGUUAGAUGAUCUACCACCUACAGACACUUCAUCACGUACUAGUUCCCAUUCAUCAGAAUCCAGCUCUACAUACGAAUAUGAAAAUCAUACUAUUCUACCUAGUGAUUCGACUUCUGGAAGCAAAAUAACUUUAAACGAACAAGUCGAUUAUCUCUGCUCCGGUAAAACGUGCGAAAAUCAUAUCAGUCUGUGUUCUAUGAACUGUGUGUCAAGAAGAUUUGAUAAACGUGACUUAGAAAAGCGAAAAUCUCCAAUUAUCAAUCAACAGAAAUCUGUCAAUAUCUCCCUAGGAAGCACUUUAGCUGAAUCACAAUUACACAGCACUUACUUGGAUGGCAAUUCUUUAAAAUACGCUAACCUUUCCACUUUAAGUGAUUCUCGAGAAACUUCGGAUGCCUUAAAAAGAACAUCCCAGCCAAACCAACUAGUAACUAACCAACAAUUGUUCGACAAUAUGGUCGAAGAUUUACAAGCAGUAGAAGAUCAUCGAGAUUCUACGUCUGCAUUAAAAAAUACAUCUCAGUCAAACCAAUUAAAAGUGAAACCAUCAAAACCAACCAACAACAAGGUUAAUGAAACACAAGCAUAUUACUUCUUCACCAAAAAAAAAUCUCGUUGCAUGAGCCCGGUCAACUCUAUGAGAAGGAGCAAAAAAUCAACAAAUUUAGUCAAAUAUAGAAAUGUUUUUGACGAGCCCGCCUUAAAAAAACCUAUAAGCAAAUGUAUGCUACUUGGAAACAAACCAGUAAAUUAUCAUCGAGUUAUAAGUCAUGAAGUUGCCUGCUCCACACAACUUGAUAAAGAAAGCAAUGAAAUUCAAGUUGCUGUAUGUACGCAGCAAAAGAAAAAUAAAACCUUCCAAGAUGUUAUGACUACAUCAGACUGCGACCAAAUUACUCAAAGACUUAUAAUGUCAUUAAUAAAAAGUAAGAACAGAGAUUUCGAAGCAGAAGAAUAUAUACAAUUGGUUAUAAAAGAGUUAUACGAAUUAAAAUUAGAUCAUGAUCAUCCAGUAAAACAGCUUUUCAGAAGUCUAUUAGAGUACUGGUUAAAGAAUACAUCCUUAGGUUCUGCCAAUAACCAAAUGAGACGUACACAGUCGAUAAGUAGACAGUCUAAUGACUACUUUACUAAGGAUCAGAUGAUCUCAAAUGAUUUAAUUGAUACGGACACCAAACAGACCCAAUUUCACGGCAUAAGUGUUACUCUUAAAGACAAACCUCCUGUUUUAAAGAAACCUGUUAGUAAAAUGACUAGAACAGAUCAAAGGCAAUGCCCAGUUGAUUGUCCAAGUCCAAAACGUGAUACAGAAAGCUUUGAAAAGGAACGAAGAAUCCAAGAGUUAGAAACUUUGCUUAAAAAUACAGUGUACAUAGUUAAGACCACAGCGAAUAAACAUAGUAAGGACAAAGAUAUUAAAAUAACGAAAACUUUGAUAGAUAACAUUGGGAAAAUUUCACGGCAUUCUGAUGAACUUAAAAAAGACUUUUCUAGUUCUUCUACUGAAAAAAUUCAAGACUCCAUCAACCAUCUUAUCAGCGAAACAUCUAUUUCUGCUGAUAUUGCUAAGGGACUUCUAAGCGUCUACUUAGAUGUUUUGCUUCACGAUGAUAGCAGUUUGACCAACACUAGUUCUCGGUCUAGUUCUGUCGUCAUGAAACUUGAGCCUAAAUGUGAAGUUCAAACUGAAUCCGUAAUAAAGAAAGUUUCAAAGAGUGUUACCAACUUGAAAACAGAAAAUAAUAAAUCUAAUGAAAAUGUUGAUCCGGGUCAGUUAUAUUUGAAGGAUAUUCUUGACAAAGUGACAACUAUAUUCUCGAGGGCAAAGAAAGUGGGUGCUAAAAGUUGGGACAGUGACAAGUCGCAAACAGAAUCCCAAGAUGGUUGCGUGACAAAUGAGAAGCAAGAAGUUGAGUUAGGCAUGCCCGUCAAAGAGUUUCUUGGAAAGAAAUUAAUAUACGAAAUUAUUGAUGAAAAAUCAAUUGUUAUUGACCUUUCAAAGUAUGAUUUAGAACACAUUUCUAUGGUAAGCGAUCCUGUAGUAAAAGGACUCAUGUCAAUUACUAUAAAGCUAAAAGAAAAACCGCAGGACAUUGGCGAGUUGAGUCGGAGGCGCUUAAAACUAGAAUUUUCAGAGUCCAGGCGCUUAGACAAUGACAUUGCCAAAGAUAAAUAUCUGAGAUAUGUACCACCGAAUACCAAAACUUCUGACGAGCUAUUUAAUAAAGAAUCAAAACGAAGAUCUUUCCUUGAACUCCCUAAAGAAUUUGAUCUGAAACCAUACUUAAGCAGUACUGAUAAAGCUAACAAGAGUUUCCGAGUGACGCAUGAAAGUGAACAUUCUUUAGGUCUUUCAUUCGAUAGCAGUAAUGCUUACCAUAGAGAAUACUUUGACAAUGAUGACCAACAGUCUUGUUAUAUAAUGUCUUUCAGAAAAGAUACUUUAGCUAAAUUUCAGCCUAAGAAAAAAAUUCAAGAAAAAGAAAGUAAUGGCAUAUCCUUGAAUUCCAAAGUUAAACAAUAUCAAAUAUCACCAACAUCUGUAUUUGAAAAACCAACCCCUAGGGUUAUUGAUGAAAAAUUUAUUCUACUCCUGUUGGAAAAUUUAACGUUGCUCUCUAAGAAUGUGCCGAGUUUGCACAAAGAUAUUAAUUCUUUAUACUUAAAGUUGAAAAAGAAACAUGAGAAGGUUAUGAAAGCUUGCGGAAAUUGCCAAGGCUUAAGUUUUCUGGGUAAAAUUUAUAAUGAAGAGUCCUGUACUUCAAACAUUAAGGAGGUAGCAACGCAAUAUUCUUAUAAUCCAACGAACGCCAGUGAAGAUGAUACCCGAGAUAUCACAACGAACACGGUCACUGUUAAAUUCGCUGACAACAAACGUGUACUCGAUAAAAGAUUAAGUGCAGUAGACUUCAAAAAUACAGCAUAUGCUGGAUCACAGACUUUAGAUAACUUUGAAAAAUGGACGGAUAGUGAAAUCAUUCCAAAGAACUUUAAAAACCAAGCAACAGAUAUUUAUGAAACGAAUUUAAAUAAAGUAGAAGUUGAACGUGCUCUCCCGCAUCCAAAUCGAUUUAAACCCAUCUCUACUCAAGAGCGUUCUACAGCUAUCAAAAAGAUCUUGGACUCUGCAGCAACACACAACUACCAUUUCCAAGCAGACAAUAACUAUGACCGAGGUAACAAAAGAGAAAAACUGAUCUCGAAAGUCAGACAAGAAAAGGAUAAGGAAAUCUCAAUUUUACCACCUUUACUUAAAGUAUCCAAUCAAUCGCAGACCGACAAAGUGUACCUAAAACUUUUAAAGGACAGAUUACCGCAAAAGGAGAUAAAAGUGUACUAUUUGUAUGUCAGUAAAAAAUUUGGUGAUGCGAAGUCUAUUUCGAUGUCGGAGUCUAAUAUGGAUGUGAAACAGAGUGAUGAAUUGAAGACAUUGUAUCGGUGUACCAGUGAACCUUCUUUUUACUCUGGGCUGUUAAGCCCGACGGCGCCAUCGUUAAGAGGCCCCCAGGCUGGCUUCGUGUCCGGCACCCCUGGUGGACGACUGGCUGGUUGGAUCAUAGAAUCCGGUGGGCCUCUUGAGAAUACGUCUCGAGAGUUAGGCCAAGCGCAACUGUCAGUGCAACAACUGCAACGAUUGCUGGACGCCUUGGAGUUGCAGCAACAACUUCAUCACGACACAGAUGUAUCUUUGGAUGGCGCUUCUCCCAGCGUAAAGAAGGAUCGUCGUAAAUUCGGUCUGCGCAAGAAGAAGUCCAACAGCAAGUGUUCUUCUGUGGAGCUACAACCGCCGCACAUAGACCCAUCUAGUUCACAUAUGGCUCUGUCAGCAUUAACAGCGCCCCCAUCUCCUGGCGGUGGCUCCUCGUCUAUGCCCAACUCAGCCGCCUCUCUGCCUAUUGGGGGUAUAACUGAUGUAGGGGGUAUAACUGGUGUAUGGGGUAUAACUCGUGAAUGGGGUAUAACUCGUGUAUGGGGUAUAACUGGUGGAUGGGAUAUAACUGGUGAAUGGGAUAUAACUGGUGGAUGGGAUAUAACUGGUGUAUGGGGUAUAAAGGGCCAAUAA